GCCCAAAAAAACCAGCUUUCUUUUGUUUUCCUUUUCUUCACAAACCCCCACCUUUUUUAACUUCCACCUUGGUGCUCCACUUUCUCUCUCGCUGUCUACCUGAGAUUAACGGAUUCAACCAAUCCCUCGUUUGCAUUCUCCCAGUCGUUUCUCUCUUUUUACACCAUGAGUCUCUUUGGUUUAGGCAGGAAUCAGAGGACAUUUCGCCCGAAAAAGAGUGCACCUUCAGGGAGUAAGGGUGCACAACUAAGAAAGCACAUCGAUGCCACCUUGGGUAGUGGGAAUCUGAGGGAAGCCGUACGACUUCCUCCAGGAGAGGAUGCAAAUGAAUGGCUCGCAGUAAACACUGUGGAUUUCUUCAACCAGGUGAAUCUGCUCUAUGGUACCCUCACUGAGUUCUGUACACCUGAGAAUUGUCCUACGAUGACUGCAGGCCCCAAGUACGAGUAUAGAUGGGCAGAUGGUAUACAAGUAAAGAAGCCUAUUGAAGUAUCUGCUCCGAAGUAUGUUGAGUACUUAAUGGACUGGAUUGAAGCUCAGCUUGAUGACGAAUCCAUAUUUCCUCAAAAGCUUGGAAUACCGUUUCCUCCCAAUUUUAGAGAGGUUGUAAAGACGAUAUUCAAGCGUCUGUUCCGUGUGUAUGCCCACAUAUAUCAUUCACAUUUUCAGAAGAUUGUGAGUCUUAAAGAGGAGGCUCAUCUCAAUACUUGCUUCAAGCAUUUCAUCCUGUUUACAUGUGAAUUUGGAUUAAUCGACAAGAAGGAGCUAGCUCCACUCCAGGAGCUUAUAGAAUCCAUUAUUGUUCCUUAUUAAGCUGAUAUUGAAAUAUGUUAUACUAUAAAACUUAACUGUGAUUUGGAUGAUAUUGAAUGAUAAAAGUACUUACUGUCGUUACUAGUCUCUUGCAGUAAAUUUAUUCCUAUUAUGUCCCACUAAAAUAUGCUACAAGAUUGUCAAAUCACCAGUUUGAAGCCUCCAUUGGACUUGCCCUUGAGCAGUCCAGGUUUGAUAUUGGGUUUGCAUAAUAUUUUUUUUUUCUGAAUUGUAAACAUUGCUUAAAAUAGUGGACUUGUUGCUAAAGUGUUGACA